AUGUUUAAUCAAAUGAAAUAUCCUCAAAGUGUUAAAUAUAGUUUUGGCACAUUUGUUAGAUAAUAAGAUUUAAAAUCUAUUUCUUCUUUUGAUGAUUUUUUGGUAAAUAUAGAUAAUUCUAGAGAUAAAGAAUAAGCAAUUUAAUUAUGUAAAUAAGCUCUUGAGCAGUUUAAAACAAAAUCUAACUAUGAAAGCUCAUUAUAAGUUUGCAAUCUAGGUUUAGAAUUAAGUAAGCAGCUUUCAAGUCAGGAGUAGAUUUAAGCUCAUUCUUUUUUUAUGGUGAAUAAAAUAGAGAUAGCUUGCUAAUAAAAUAAUGAUUAUGAAAUGAACUAGCUAUCAAAAUAGCUAUACGCUUACUAUUUGGCAUCUAAAGAGUAGUUGAAUGCAUAGUAAAAAUUUAGGCUUGUCUUAUUUUUAGCUGAUUCUGUCUGUAGAGUUGGUCUUUAAGAAUUACAACAUAAUUUUUUAUAAGAAGCAUUGGUACUUUUCUAGACAAGCUCAACACUAGAGUUAACAAAUAGUUAAAUUUAUGGCUUUUAUUUUAUGCAUUUUGAUUUUAACUUUCAAAAGUAGAGCUAUCAAGAAGCUUUAAAUUAUGCUAAAAUGGCUUAUGAUAUUGUUAAUAAUGAGAAAUAAUCUUUGUAAGCUUAGAAAGCGCUGAUAUGCUAAUAUUUAUGCCACAAGCUUCUAAAGUAGCCUCAAGAAUGUAAAAAAAUUGUAGAAAAUUUAAAGCAAUAUCAACCUAUUACUGAUUUUAAAUUAGAAUAAAUUGACAAUAUAUCUUACUAUCCUAACAAAAAAAAAUUUUCAUUUGAAGUAGAAUCAAAGAAUGAAUAAGAAAAUCUAUUCAGUGAUAAUGAAGAAUUCUUUGAAAUUAUGAAAGAAAAAAGAGAUAAAUUUUUAGAAAAUAAUAAUUUAAACGAGGGUAUUCAAUACUUUGAAUAACUUAUAUAGGAUCUUAACCACGAAUAACAAGUUUUAAAGAUAUUAUUUUUGAGAGAAUGUCAAUCCUUUUUAUAUUCUCAAUAGAAUAAUAUAACAAAAAGCUUAGAGAUGAGCUUGAAAAAUCAUUAAGAAUUACUAAGUUUACGAAAUAAUAUUUUGCACGACGACCAAUUGACUUAAUUAAAUAUUUACUAAAUUAAAUUAUUUUACUUUAUGCUGAAGGACUUUCAAAAAAGUUAUGAAUGGGGACAAAAACUUGAAUCUUUUUGUAAAUAAUAUAAUUUAUAUAACAUCAAAAAUGAAAAACUAGCUUUGAGUCUAUAAUCAUAAAUAGAUUCUCUGUUGCAAUUGAAUAAAACGGAAGAAGCACUGAAUUAAUGUAAUUUUGCAUUAGGAUACUUAGAAAAGUUUAACUUUAAAUAAAUUUCAUUUGAAGUUAGAAUGAUGAGAGUGAAUAUUUAUACAAAUUUAAAUUAAAUAGAUUAAAUUAUAAAGGAAAUCAGAAUUGUUAUAGAUUAGAAUAAAGCUGAUCUCUCUAAAAAAUCUAAUUAUACUUAAAUAUAUUACAAUGCAUUAAAAUCAAUAUCUCUUCAUUUUGUGUUGGUAAAUGACAGAAAUAAUAUUAUUUUUUUUGGAAAAGAGUAUCUUAGAAUAAGAUAAACAUAUGAAGAUUCUCUAGAUAUGAUUUAAUUAAGAGUAUCUAUUUUAUUCCAUUUGAGCUAGUAAUUAAUAAAUGAAAAGAAUUAUUUUGAAGCAGAAGCAGUAACGAGAGAGUGUUUGCAACUUGCAAGCACUGAUAAUGAAAUAAAAGAUUUUUAUAUUAGAUAAGUAUUCUAAUAUAUUCCUCUCGCUAUUAAAGUAUCAAAGAUAGAUGAAGCUGAAGAGUAUUUAAAAAUUGCAUAAAACAUUUAUGAAAAAAAUAUAGAUAAUCCUAAUGACAAAUAAAAUGCCUUAAUUUCACUGAUUUAAAUUCAAAGUAUUAUUUUUAGUCUUAAAAAAAAUUAUGAUAAAUCUCUCGAAUUCUUUACAAAAUAAUUGGUAUUGUAACAAAAAUCAAAAGAACCUCUUACAAAACAGUAGAGAUAAAUCUUGAAACAGCUUCUCGAAGAUUAAGCCUAUUCAAAAUAAGUUAGAGAGUUAGUAGAAAAAUUCAAUAUAGAUUUGAAUAUUUGA